GUGGCUGCGCCGCUGGGAAUCCCUCCCUCCCGCCGGCCGAGACGAGCCGCGGUGCCGUCGGCCGAGAUGUCGGCUCCCGGGCGUUCCCCGACGCUGCGGCCGCACAGGAUGAAGAAGGACGAGUCCUUCCUGGGCAAGCUGGGCGGCACGCUGGCCAGAAAGAAGAAAGCUAAGGAGGUGAGCGACCUGCAGGAAGAGGGGAAAAAUGCCAUCAAUGCCCCAAUGUCUCCCAGCACCAUUGACAUUCAUCCUGAAGAUACUUUAUUAGAGGAGAAUGAGGAACGCACUAUGAUUGACCCCAACUCCAAAGAAGAUCCCAAGUUCAAGGAACUGAUCAAGGUUCUAAUUGACUGGAUUAAUGAUGUGUUGGUGGAAGAGCGAAUCAUUGUCAAGCAACUUGAAGAGGACCUCUAUGAUGGACAGGUGCUGCAGAAGCUCUUGGAAAAGCUAGCCGACCGCAAGUUGAAUGUGGCGGAGGUGACACAGUCAGAAAUUGGCCAAAAACAGAAGCUUCAAACUGUUCUGGAGACUGUCCAUGAUCUACUUCGACCCCACGGCUGGACAAUCAAGUGGAAUGUCGACUCGAUCCAUGGCAAGAAUCUCAUUUCCAUCCUCCACCUACUGGUAGCAUUGGCCAUGCACUUCCGGGCACCCAUUCGACUCCCUGAGCAUGUUUCUGUGCAAGUGGUGGUUGUAAGGAAACGGGAAGGCCUUCUCCAGACAGCUCAUGUUACAGAGGAGCUGACAACCACAACAGAGAUGAUGAUGGGAAGAUUUGAGCGAGAUGCCUUUGACACUUUGUUUGAUCAUGCUCCGGACAAACUCAAUGUAGUGAAAAAGUCUCUGAUCACCUUUGUGAACAAACACCUAAAUAAGCUGAAUUUGGAAGUGACAGAAUUAGAAACACAGUUUGCAGAUGGUGUUUAUUUGGUAUUGCUUAUGGGCCUCCUGGAAGACUAUUUUGUUCCACUCCACAACUUCUAUUUAACGCCUGAAAGUUUUGAUCAGAAGGUUCAUAAUGUUUCCUUCGCUUUUGAGCUGAUGCAAGAUGGAGGACUCAAGAAACCAAAAGCUCGUCCUGAAGAUGUUGUCAAUCUGGAUCUGAAAUCUACCCUAAGGGUUUUAUACAACCUGUUCACAAAAUACAAGAAUGUGGAGUGAGGUUAGAAGCUGCCAAGAUGCUAACCCUCCUAACUUCCUUAGGAGAAAAGACCAAUAAGGACACCUCCCACACCCUUCUGUGCCUUACACUAUAUUUCAUGCUGCAUGAUGGAAGCUCCUUCUUUUGUUAUCAGUCUCUCCAUGUAACGCCUUGCAUGACAAGCAUACUGAAAAUAUUGUUUGUGGUUUUUUUUAGGUGGUUUGCUUAUGAAAUAUCAGAAUGUUUACAUUCUUGCUCUGAGAUGCUGUUGGGUCUAUUGUUUGCUAUGAUCAACUCCUGUUCUUGUUUUGAUAAAGUACUGGCUACUUUGAUAGGCAGGGAAUACUUGAAACUCUUUUGAUGAGUCAGUGCCAUAGUGUACCUUCUUAUGAAACCUGCUUGGUUAUUGCACUGGUGUCAACAGGCUGACUAGACUUGAGUGUUAGAAAUACAAAAGCAGGCCCUUGCAUUCUAAUUUGUGUAGAAAUUGCAUUUUUCCUUAAAUAAGGUUUGUGUAUGCUAGAGCAUGUAUUUGUUUUCAAGGACAUGUUUGAAAGGGUGCAUAAGAAUCUGGCAUUUCUCUACCCUUUGUGUGUUAACCUCAUGCUACGCAGUAUUAUUUUUCACUUGAUGUUUACACACAGUGAGCCUAGAAAUGGGAUGACUUUUUGCUCUGAUGCCUUUUUCCCCUCUCUUCUUUUUGUAUAAAGGAGCUGUUUGGUUACUUAGAGCUGGAGCCAGUCCUUAAACAUGCUUUCUGGAUCAGUUCUGGAAGAGCUGGUCAAGUUUGGCUGGAUUGGAUGAAUGCAUCUUGAUAUACUUUUAUUAUAAAUCUUUUCUAGAAUAUAUAGGGGGAAUAACAGCUUGAUAGCUUCAAGGCUGACACUUAUUUACAUGUGGAAAAGUUUUAAGGGCCUCAUCCUGCUCCUGUUGAAGUCCAUGGCAGCUAUAAAAUUACAGGGCCCAAGGCUUUGAACAGAUCUACAGUACUGAUCUUAAAAAUAAAAUGGAUCACGGUCACUUUUCAAUAAAGCUUUUCUUUUUCCUUCCUGAGUUAUACCAGACUACUUGAAAGAGUGUACAUUAGUGUUUAAAUGCAGUGCCUUUCACUGAAUUUGAAACAGUUUAGAGAUGAGAUCAUUGGACUGAAACUGACAUACGUUUCCUUUCAGUCCUGAUGUGAUUGGAUGGGUCCAUUCAGUUAUGCAGUGCUACCCCUGAAGACACUCUGCUGCUAUUACAAGCUCUGGGCCCAGUCCUUGGUCAAAAGUCACAUUGAUAUCAACAGGAGUUUGGCUUGGGUAAUGACUGCUAGAUUUGAUCCUAAAGAAUAUUCCUGUCCUUUCCCAGGAUACCUUGUACUAGGUGGAUCUUACCUGAUUAUACACCCAUAUAUCUGUUUCUAAUGGUGUGUAAGAUGUAGCUUAACAAAGGUUAUGCUAUAUAAUUCAUGUGAGUGGUGUUUGGGAAGAGCAAUUAAAAGGAAAUUGGGUUAUUGAACCAAAGUAAGUUACCUGUGGGUUACCUAUUUUAUAGCAUUCUUUCCUCACAGUGCCUAGAAGAGAUAACGAACCACUAUAUCACUGCUUUAUAUUUAUCGCAUUAGUCAUGCUUUAUGGGCUGCUACAUUUUCUGUAAAAUAUUUAACAGAAUAGCCUGUAAAGGAAAAAGAAAGUGUUAUGGGACUCUGGGGGCCCGGAUUCUGUACAGCAGUCAAGAGGCCCACCUCUCACAGAUGGAAACCAAAAUCUGUGCUUUCACCAGUGCUGAAUUUAGCCUUCAGAGUUCAAGCCCAAGUUCAAGAUACAUGUGUCCCCCUUACUAUGCUAUUUGAACUGUGGUGUAAUUGUACUAUAGAGAUGGUCUUCUACAUGUUUUUAGCUUUUUUUGUGCUUUUUUUUGGUAUCUCAACUGAGUUCUUUAAAGCAGGGGUCAGUAAUGUUUUGGAGCUGGGAAUCUCUUUAACACCACUUAUCUCCAGCUGUGGGUUGCUUCUAACAAGGCCUGCAGUACUACAGACACCACUGGUGCCAUCACAGCUUGUCCUACCCCCUGGCCACUAUGUGGGUCAAACUUUCACCAAAACAUCACAAAUGGCCCCAUACUCUGUGGUUCAGAUAAAAUUAGUCCACUGCUGGCCACAGCUUUAUACUGUGAGAAGAGAAGGCAAAAUAAGCUUGUGGUCUUUUUUUUUUUGCUUCUUGGUGAUGGAUUAAAAAUGGUCAUUUAUUUCUCUAAGAAAUUCAAGUCAUGUCUGCCCUGGAAAGUUCUAGGUGACUGAAGAACUAUAAUUUGUAUUUGCUUUAGAGGACAUAUGAUCCUUUAAUAGAUGUUUUUAUGCAGUGCCUAGGGCAGUAAGGCCCCAGUUUUAAUUGGGAUCUUUAGAUGCUCCCAUAGGACAAAGUCAUAGUAACUUUAAAGGGGAUUUUAAAAGGGCUAGCAAUAGGUUAGGCCCCACAACACUAGAAGUUGAGCAUCUCUGCUUUUGAAAAGCUGAGCCCUAUGAUAUGACAGAGUCAAAACUGAUCAUCUGAGGGGAGAUGAUUGUUAGAGUCCUUCAGCUUUUUGUUUGGUAUUCUAUAGCUAACUCCAGUGCCUAGUGAAUCCUUGGGAUAUAGGCAGUUGGUGAAAGAUUAAUCAUACCCUCUGUUCUCUUCAGGUGAGUGAGAGUGCCAAAGUUGUAUGUUUUCUGAGAUGCUCAAGAAGUCCUUUAUAAAACAUGUUAAUACAACAAGCAAUGGGCAUGAUUGAGGUCUUUGGGAGGAGGGGGAGACCAGGAAUGAAUAAGAGUAAGGGUAGACUGACUUCAUUAUAAAGAAAGGGAGUGACCUUCCUUGUAAAGAAGGAAUGUGGGGCACAAUGUCCAAUUAGUAUACUUUAUAGGUCAGCUUUAAAAGAAGGGCAACAAACUUUGCCCAAUAACCAGCAAUGCUGGCCACUUGCUAUGAGCAUGAGGGCAUGCAGUCCUUUUAUCAAUACCUCUGUGAGUCCAGGUUAGGACCCUUAGUUUGUAUGCCAUGUCUGGUUGAGGCAGAUGGCACAUCCUGUGAAAUUUUUAAAUUUUUCUACCAAUGAAUGUUGCUUGGGGAAAAAUUCUGUACUGGCUUCCUAUACCUUUUUAUCCUCUGGCUUUCUAACCAGCUGAGAAUCUUCUUGCAGAUACUGUUGCUAGCCAGCAUUGUAGAUGGAAUGCUUUUAGCCUAAGUAGAGCUUCCCCCAAAGCAAGCCAUUUUAAAACAGGAUGUAACCCCAUUUUAGAACAGGUAUAUAUAAUACUCCCCCCCCAACUAGUAGUUAUUUCAUGCUUAUCUAUCACAUAUAUAACAUGAGUUAUAAUGAGCAAAUAUGUUUUGGUUUUAAAGCUUAAAGAUACUGACACCUCCUUCUUCCCCCUCAGUUGUGUGUUAAAAAAUAUUAUGGAUACUAUUUAAUUUGUGUUAUUGGAUUUCUGUAAUUCUGUCAGAGUAAUGUUGUGUAGGAAAAGCAAUGCAUGUUGCAGCACUCCAGACUGACACACGCACAACAUUCAAACUUCCACACUCGUACACGCUCAAUGUAAUGCCCACUUUUACAGUGGAUAUAAUGUGCCUCUAAGGGCAUUUUACACAUGCAGGUGCUGCACCGCUGGGUACUUUGAAAAGCGCCUGGUGCUGCGACAUUCACAACUGUAUAAGCGGUGAAAUGCAUGUCAAUGCUUAGAAAAUGGUGGUGGCGCGCUUUUGAACUAAAACAUCUUGGAGGUGCUUUAGUUCAAAAACGCACCACCACCAUUUUCUGUGCACUGAUGCGCAUUGUGCUGCUUAUACAACUGUAGACGGCACAAUGCAGUGUGUGUCAGCUUGUGUGCAGAGCAGAUUUGAUUAAUUGAGUCUGCUCAGAAGUGGCGGAUCUCUGGCACGUCCCCAAAUGAAAAAGUGUGUGUAUAAAUGCCCUAAAAUUCUAUCCAGAAAAACCUAUUACACUGAUUGUGUUACAGCUGGCUUGGUAGUUAAGAAGGUGUUUGACUACCCACAGCUGUGUCAGCACACAACAGCAUGGCUGCCUAUACACAUACUCAGGUGGCGGGGGAGGCAUUUUAAUGACAGCAGUUCCUGGACAACUCCUCUAAUUAAAACAGCUCACCAUCACAUGUAUUAAGCCCCUGCAUGUUUCAAAAUGGCUGUGGGACACUUUAUCUAAAGCUCAUUUGACAAGGGUUAGAUAAAGUGCCCCAUGGCCAUUUUGAAAUGGCUUAACACAGGUGACAGUGAGGCAACACUGGAGCAUUCUGAUUAGAAAGCGGAGGAGACUUGGUUAAUUGAGUCUGCUCCAAUGCAUUCUACUUGGAACAUAAAUUAAGUCUAUCUAUAGACACCCCAAAGGCAGAAUUUAUAUCAGUGUAAAGCCUUAUAGAGCUCUUUUCACUCUAAUAGAAACCUACUGCUUUGCAUAUUAAUGUAUUGUAAGGAUCUUACUCUACUGUUUUUUAACAAUGUUUGUUCUGGAUUUCUAGUUACUAAAACAAAACAAAUCUUUGCAGGUAAAAUAGUGGACUUGUCAUUAGGGCUGCGUGAGGCUUCGGACCAUGCUUCAGAUCUGGAGAAGCUUUGGACACUUAGGUGUCCGAAGCAGCAUGUCCGGAUCGAAGCUCUGGCUUCUUUGGGCUUUCUGAAGCAGUUUGGAGCUUCCGAAGUGCUUCGGAAAAGGUUCAGAGCUGCCUCGGAGAUCUGGCCAUAGGGUAUAAUUAAUAUCUAUAACUUUGUUGUUUAUUGUCUGAUUUGGAUGAAACUUCCAAGGGUGGUAGCCUCUGCUGAGAGCAUGAAGCCUGCCAAGUUUCAAGAAGAUCGGUGCAGGGGUUUGGGGGGAACUGCACCCCAAAUUCUUGAAAGCAAAACUCACGACAUAUCUAUGUGUUACAACAUGGGGGUGAAAACUGCAGGGUUGGUAGCCCCUGGUGAGGCCACAAAGCCUGCCAAGUUUCAAGAAGAUUGGUGCAGGGGUUUGGGAGGAACAGCACCUCAAGCUUCUGACAGGCAAAACUCAUGACAUAGAUGACCAUGUGUGUGUUAUGGUGUAGCAGGCUAAAAACUGCAGGGGUGGUGGCCCCCAUGAAGCCUGCCAAGUUUCAAGGACCUAAGUGCAGGGGUUUGGGGGAAACUGCACCUCAAGCUGCGGACAAGCAAAACUCGUGACAUGGGUGACACUGUGUGUGUUAAGGUGCAGCAGGGUGAAAGCUGCAGGGAUGGUAUCCCCUGCUGUGGUCAUGAAGCCUGCCAGCUUCAAGGAGAUAGGUGCAGGGGGGUUCUGGGGCCCUUCACCUCUAGCUACUGACAGGCAAAACUUGUGACAUGGGUACUUGUGCAACUGUGUCUGUCUUGGGGCAGGGGGGAUGGGGGGGAGGGGGGGGGAACUACAGCAAGCCAGGCUGCUAAGCUACUGUGUUACCAGUUACCAAUCAAUCAUGAUUCACUCAGGUACCAGCUCAAUACACAAUUGCUAGCUAAUGUAACCAGUUAAUUGGCAACGAUUAACACCUACAAAACCACAGACCAAGGAGAGGAAAGAAUCAAUACAGACAAUCAACAGCCCCAAGACAGAGACAGUCAGUUGCACAAGCACUCAUGUCACAAGUUUUGCCUGUCAGCAGCUAGGGGUGCAGGGCCCCAGAAACCAGAAGCCCUGCACUGAUCUCCUCAACAGCUGGCAGUCUUUGUGGCCACAGCAGGGGCUAGCAAGCCUGCAGCUUUCACCCUGCUGCGCCUUAACACACACAGUAUCACCCAUGUCACGAGUUUUGCUUGUCCGCAGCUUGAAGUGCAGUUUUCCCCAAACCCCUGCACUUAGCUCCUUGAAACUUGGCAGGCUUCAUGGCCUGAGCAGGGGCCUCCACCCCUGCAGUUUUUAGCCUACUACACUGUAACACACACGGUCAUCUAUGUCACGAGUUUUGCCUGUCAGCAGCUUUAGGUGCAGUUCCCCCUAAACCCCUGCACUGAUCUCCUUGAAACUUGGCAGGCUUUGUGGCCUCAUCAGGGACUACCACCCCUGCAGUUUUCACUCCCCUGUGGUGUAACACGUACACGUGACGUGAGUUUUGCUUUCAAGAAUUUGGGGUACAGUUCCCCCCAAGCCCCUGCACUGAUCUUCUUGAAACUAGGCAGGCUUCAUGCUCUCAGCAGAGGCUACCACUCCUGCAAGUUUCAUCCAAAUCAGACAAAAAACAGUUAUAGAUAUUUCAUUGAUUCCCCAUUAUACCCUAUGGCCAGAUCUCCGAGGCAACUCCGAAGCUUCAGAGCCACUUUGGCCGGAUCAAAGCGGGAACCCGGUCCGGAGCUCUGGAUCGGAUUCCCGGCAUCUGAAAUGGCCGGAUCUGAAGCCAGAUCAAAUAGCUGCCUACUUGCACAGCCCUACUUGUCAUUUCUGAAACAUGUCUGGCUUAGAGAGUGUAAAAGUUGUUACUCUUUGUGUACUGUAAGCAAAUUACAAUGCAAUCCUGUGGUUCCUAAAGCCACAGCAGGAGUGUUGUGGAAAAUAAUGCAUGAUUUAUGAUUGUACUAUUUAUUCUAAUAAACACGUAAUAAUCAA